AUGUGGGAGCGGAGCCUGGUGCUGUCCGCCCCGGGGAAGGUCAUCCUCCACGGGGAGCACGCCGUGGUGCACGGCAAGGUUGCCCUGGCCGUGGCGCUGAACCUGAGGACCUUCCUCCGCCUGAGGCCCUGCGCUGAGGGCAAGGUGUGCGUCCGCCUGCCCGGCGUCGGCGUCGUGAGGAGCUGGGACACCUCCAGCCUCCAGGCCCUGCGGACUUCCAUAGCUGACUUUGAUGAAUCUAAGUCCCCCAGCGUAGAACAGCUGCAUACACUGAAAGAGUUUGCCGGAAUUGCUGCCGGAGCCUCAGCUCCCGAGAGCCUUGCUACUCUUGCCUUUCUUUAUAUGUGCCUGGCUAUUUCGGCUAAGUAUGGAGAUGUUCCGAAUGUGGACAUACUGGUGUGGUCUGAGCUGCCCACGGGAGCUGGGCUGGGUUCAAGUGCCGCCUAUGCUGUUUGCUUGGCGGCGGCCCUGCUGACAGCGUGCAGAGCCAUCUCCUGCCCUCUGAAGGAGGGAGAGUCCACAGCCAGGUGGACAGAAGAAGAGCUGACUUUGAUUAACAGUUGGGCCUUCCAAGGGGAGCGGGUGAUCCAUGGCAAUCCGUCGGGUGUGGAUAAUGCUGUUGGCACCUGGGGUGGAGCCCUGAGAUACCAAUCAGGAAAAAUCACACCAUUAAAGAGGGUGCCGAUGCUGAGGAUCUUGCUGACCAACACAAAAGUGCCUCGAAGCACCAAGGUCCUGGUGGCUGGUGUCAAGGAGAAGAUUCUGAAGUUCCCUGCUAUAAUGAACCCGGUGUUGGACUCCAUUGAUGCAAUUUCUCAGGAGUGCCAAAGUGUUCUGGAAGCGAUGCCUGCAAAUCCAUCACCAGAGUAUUACCCUGUGCUGGAGGAACUCUUUGAUAUAAACCAACACCACUUAAACGUGAUCGGCGUCGGCCAUCCCUCCCUGGACAGGCUGUGCCGGGUCACAGCAUCCCACGGCCUGCACAGCAAGCUGACUGGGGCUGGUGGGGGCGGCUGUGGCAUCACCCUGCUGAGACCAGACACAUCCCCGCUGGCCAUGGAAGCAGCCAAGCGAGACUUAUGUGCCUGUGGAUUUGAAUGCUGGGAGACCAAUAUCGGGGCCCCUGGAGUGACCCUGCACUCCUCCUCGUCUUUAAAUGCUGAAGUGCUGCACGCGCUCUCUGAGAGUUAAGCUUCUGCCUCUGGCAAGACUUGAGCUCUUGGCACCAUGUCCUUGGAGCGACAGCUAUGCAUGCCCUGAUGCCUGGAAACUUCUCUCCUGGUCUCCUGUAUGGCUGAGGGCCUCUAGACAUGGGUGUGGAGCCAGUUUCAGGCCUGGUGUCACUGGGAGCAGGGGCUGCAAUGAGGACCUGGGAGCAACUGCUCACACUUGGGCUAGGUGCGAGUUUGACCCAGGCUCUCAAAAUCCUGUUUUGAAUUUACUUACUCAACUGCUGUGCUAAUCCCAAGGGGCAGGAGAAGAGGGUCUUGGCUGGAUUCCAGUGCGUAUAAUGACACUUUGCUUGGUUCUGCUGCUUCAGAUGCAUGUGAUGUGUCUUCCCUUCUCCCCUGGCGUCCUGCAAGGGUGGGCAGCGGGGGCUGGCAAGGUGGAUGUGCAGAGCGCUUUGACAUUUCUGGGUGAAAAGCAUCUUGGCAGCUCAGGGCUUGACACUCAGGUCUCCGUUUCUCCUGGACUGUGAUUCAUGGUGGAGAGAAAACCUUUAAAUACAGCUCUUACCUGCUACUAAUUAAGAGGUGGAUAAUUAAAAUGAAAGAUACAGCACAAUUCCAGUGAAAUUAUCACUGUUAUCACUCUUUCCCAUAAUCU